UGUUGUAAGUUGUUGGCAGUUUUGUCAACAUUAAACACGUAGUCGUAAUAUUACUUUUAUUGUUAAUUAGUUGCACUGAUUUUAUACUUAAUUUGUGGUGUGUAAUUUCCAUGAUAUAAAGAUGCAUACAAGCGAUAGUGAGGAUUUUGAAAGCGCAGAUGAGGGCCAUGGAAGCCCUGAAAAAAAGGAGAGGAAAAAGCGAUUGUCGUCCUCAAAUUACAGUGACAACGCAUUGGAAACUGAUCAACAGCCUCAGGAACCUAAACCAAGUGCCACUGCUGUGAAAAAUAUUGCAAAAGAAACAGAUGGAUGGGACGAUUUCGACAUAGAUGAUAAUGAACCGAUAGCACCUCCGCCAACAAAGGCCAAGGUAACGGACAGUAAAAAAGAAGUUGAACAAAAGCCAACCAAUGUGAAGGCUGAUCAAAAGUCACAGGUUCCCUGCUGGGAUGAGUUUGAUGACUGGGGUCAAGAUGAUACAGUUAGUACACAAAGAACAGAACCACCAAAACCUGUACAAAACAAACAGUCAGCACAACCAGACCCUAAUAUAAAGGAGGUGACAGACAGACUAGCGGCGGCCUCUACUGGUGCAAGUGGUGGGUGGGGGGGAUGGGGCUGGAGUGUGGACUCGCUCCUCAGCACCGCUACAGCUGGCAUCAGUAAUAUCACCAGCCAGGUUUCUCAGGGUAUAUCAACAGUCCUAGAAACAGGUAUUGGUGCUCCUGAUCCUGAGGAACUGGCGAGGAGUUCAGUGAAGGCUAAUGAGGCUAAAGCACCAGUACCAGCACCUAUUAGUGCUGAAGAUGGUGAUAAACUUCAAGGCAGACAAGGCAGUUCUCCUGAGGCAGGGGCUAACGCUGGUGACGCCGCUUUCCCCUUUGGAAGCCUGUUCUCUGGUGUCUCCAAGUUUGUGGAGACCACUGGCACCAAAGUAAUAUCAGGUGGUCUGGAUACCUUAGAAACGAUAGGCAAGAAGACUAUGGAGGUUCUCCAAGACGGUGACCCUGGGUUGGCCAAGAAGCGAGCUUUGCUUGGCCUGGGUGCUGGUGACAAGCCAGUCCUGUCCCAAGUCCUUAGAGAGGCCAAAGCCAAGGCUGAUGAGGAUGAUAGGGUCAGAGAGGAGAAGAGAGAGGCCAAGGAAGUCCAUUAUGAGAAUCUGUUUGAUGAUUUUGAAGGUUUAGUCCACUUAGAAGCGUUAGAGAUGUUGUCUAAACAGAUCAGUAUGCGUAUAGAAGAGCGCAUGCGCAGCGUAGACGCGGACAAGCGGCAAGACAUCAAAGAAACUCUGCAGCAAGUUGCCGAGCUAUGCGAAAUGCCGGAAGAAGAGGAAGACGAUGAUGAACCGCCUAGCGAAGGAGUCUCCAAAGCCGACGCCUUCCACGAGCGACUGCAGACCGCCACGCAGGACCUCGGCCUCAAGUUACAGUUCCAGCCUUUAGUCAAACAAUACACCGACAUCCUAACCUACAUAUCGGGUAGCCCCGACACUACAGUGAAGGGUAUCUACAAGCGCGCGGUGUCGGGGCUCGCGCAGGCGACCGCUCUUUCGGUAGAACAGUACCACAAGGCCGCCGAAAUGUUGCUGGUCAAGACCAGGCGGUCUACAGCUGAUGAGGCUGAUGCUUUGACACAGAUGACAGUGGUGCUAACUAAGCAUAUCAGCGAGCUUGCAACUUUAUUCACAGAGAAACUGAAUGGUUUACCUUCAGACAAUACAGAACAAGUCAACACGUACAUCACGAAUAUAUUCUUAGAGGCUGGCAACAGUUCAACAUAUAUACAAAACGCUUUCCAGUUGGCGCUACCAAUACUACAGAUAGGCGCCGUAUAAUAAUAAUAGUUACAAUUUAUGUGAUAUUCUAUAUUAAAUGUUGAAAUGUUCAAAAUUUA